CAUUUCAAAUACUGAAUCCUUGGAGUAGUACGUUUUCCCCCAGGGCCCCAGUCAAUCUCUCUUUGAGUCUGACUCAAGUAGUCAGCUUUUGUUAAAAGCCACAAAAUCUUAUGCAUGUUUUUUUUUUUAAAUUGUGUGAGCAAUCUAAUUAGGCGGAGACAAUUUCUGGAUGCCAAGAGGAAUUGCUUUAGCAGCCAGUGAGUCAGAAAUACGGGACGUCCAAAAAUAAAGCAGGUCUGAUUACUUUCUCUCUCUGCUCGUGAGUUUGGUGGCCAACGUUGUGGACAAGGAUGGAUCUGUGGGGAAUCCUGUUGUUGCUAAUACAUCUCAGAAUCAUAAUAGCUGCUUCAGCAGGUUAUUUUUGGCACAUCACAGACCUACACCUUGACCCACAGUACCAAGUGGCACCAGAUCCUUUGAAGGUCUGCCCAUCUGCUGGUGCCCAGCCAGUGACCAACGCAGGGACUUGGGGUCAUUAUUUGUGUGAUGCGCCCUGGAGUCUCAUCAAUUCUUCCAUUUAUGCCAUGAAGGAGAUCCUCCCUGACCCUGACUUCAUUCUCUGGACUGGGGAUGACACCCCUCAUGUGCCUGAUGAGAAACUGGGUGAAGAAUCUGUGUUGGGGAUAAUUAAAAAGCUCACUAACUUGAUCAAACAUGUCUUUCCAGGUACUCAGGUAUAUCCUGCAAUGGGCAACCAUGACUUCCACCCCAAAAACCAGUUCCCAGCUGGGGAGAACCGGAUCUACCGUGCAACAGCAGAACUCUGGCAGCCUUGGCUUAACAACCACUCUGUGCAGACGUUCAGAGCAGGUGCUUUCUACAGUCAGUUGCUGUCCAGUUCUGGGCCUGCAAGGCGAAUGGUUGUCCUCAAUACAAAUCUGUACUAUGACAAUAAUAACCAAACCAUUAGCCUGGAGGAUCCUGGAGGCCAAUUCCAAUGGCUGGAGGAUACGCUGACUAGUGCAGCAGAUGCAAGAGAAAAGGUUUAUAUUAUUGGGCAUGUCCCUCCUGGCUUUUUUGAAAAGAAACGAGGCAAGCCCUGGUUCCGAGAACACUUCAACCAACAAUAUACAGAAAUAAUUCAGAAACAUCAUGGAGUGGUUGUAGCCCAGUUCUUUGGACAUCAUCACACGGAUAGUUUUAGAAUGUUCUACAAUAAUGCAGGAUCCCCUAUCAGUGUCAUGUUUUUAGCUCCAGCUGUAACGCCCUGGAAAACAACCUUACCAGGUGUACACAACGGAGCCAACAACCCUGGCAUCCGGUUGUUUACAUAUGACCGAAACACCCUGCAAGUUAAGGAUAUGGUUACUUAUUAUUUAAACCUCACCCAUGCUAACCUGAGAGCACCUGAAUGGAAGAAAGAGUAUGGCCUGACAGAAAAUUUCCAGAUCUCGGAUGGUUCUGUCCACUCCAUGCACUUGCUACUGGAGAAGCUUGAGAAGGAUGAAGAACACCUCCAGCGGUACUACCAGUAUAAUUCAGUUCAAUACGACCUGACAUACUGUGAUGACACUUGCCAGACCGACCAUCUGUGUGCCAUCCGGGAAGUGGAUUUUGCAAAAUACAACCAAUGCAUUCAAGCUAGGAGUGCUGCAGCCUCCACGAUGGACCUUGUUUCAUAUUAUUCCAUACUUGGGCUCACGUCUAUAGGAUUGUGGGGUGUCUUGGGCAGACUGGGACACGAGUAGGAUGGUGUUGUUUUCACUUGGACACUGAGGGUAUCUGAGGGUAGCUCUAGAUACCAGUAUCCCGAGAAUCUCUCAUUUCUUGGUCUUUAAAAAACCCGAAGCUAAAUGUGAAAGCAUUGCUGUAGUGGAAGAGAGCUUGCAGAAUUAACGUGCUAGGAGUGAUUUAUUAAUAGGGAAUUUUAUGAAACUGUCCCAGGCUUUCCUGUUUCCUUCUCAUUGCAGCUGGAUGGCUGGAUUGUCCAAGCCAGUGUAUUGCUGUGAACUAUUGUGGAAUGUUCAAACUUGGAUGGACAAUUAAGAAUCAUUAACUUUGCAAAAGAUUUGCUUCUAAUAAAGAAGCCCAUUUUGUAGGCAA